AUGGCCGAUACGACUACGGUAGUGGAGGGAAAAGUGAAAUAUAGGGACGGUAGAAAGUGGAAACCACGGUGGUGCGUUUUGAAAAAGCCCUCGCCAGUCGCUGGUAAGUUACUGUUAUUAUUAUUAUAUAAAGAUGUCAAAGAAGCCAUUAAAGAUGGUUGUAAACCAAAAUCCUGUUUUCCUAUUGAACAUUUCUAUGGUCUCCAGUCUGGCUUCACCUACGAGAAAGAAAACAACAUCAUGGCUAUCAUCUGUCAAAAACAAAUUACAUUAUUCUCUUUUGAAAACCGGGAAGACUUGAUCCAGUUUGAAAUCAAGAUCAGAAGAAGUUUAGGAGAAGGUAAUUUCCAUAUAUUUUCAGAACAUCAGUUUCCAGUUAGAGUUCACAAAAUGCCAUCAAAUAGUAAAUUACCACAAGACCUCAUCAGAAUGCAUAUACAGGGCCAGAAAUUCUGUCUAACUUCCAAUGUACCUCCAAAGAUAUUACAAUGUUGGCAGAUCUCAGAUCUGAGAAGAUUUGGUACUGUAGAGGGUAAAUUUCUAUUUGAAGGUGGAUCUCGUUGUAACAAAGGUAAGUACAGUGGUGCCCUGUAA